AUGGCAUCAAGAAGACCUAAACGAUGUGCAAACUUGUCUGUUAAAGAAGUUGUUAAAGCAGUCUUAGAUUCUGAAGAUGAAUUUGAUGAUAGUGAUCAAGAUCCUGAUUUCACUCCAAAUUCAGAAGUUAAUUCAGAUACAGAUCAACCUCAAAAUAUCAUCUUUCCUGUAGAACAAAACAAGACUUUGGAUGCUGAUAGAACACCUUGUCUGGAAAGAGAGUCGAGGAGUAGAAAAAGAAAGCGAGAUCCCUCCACAUGGAAGAGGAAUGUGAAAAGAAACCUUUUCAAUAGCGGCAAAUAUGGUCGACCUACCUCUGCCUCUGGUCAUGCUGAUACAGAACGCCAACUUGGGCCUGUCUGUGGUCAAUCUUGCAGACUUCAAUGUUGCACAAAGAUAUCGCAAAUCGAUCGUAUGAACAUUUUUAAAUCAUUUUGGGGUAUGAACAAUCACCAGAGGCGUAGGGAUUUUGUUGUGUCUCAUGCAAAGAGAUUUGGUAAGAAACGGAACAUCAAUAAAGCAGAAAGCCGUCGAAAGCAUUCAAUUUAUUAUUAUUUACCAGUAAAUGAAGUCGACACCAGAGUGUGCAAAAAGAUGUUUUUAAACACUCUUGACAUUUCUGAUUUCAUGGUUAAAUACAACCUUGAUCGAUGCAGUGCUGGAAUCAUCCAACCACCCCAACCCAAGGAACCAGCAAACAAAACACCUUUAGAAAUGAAGGAAGAAGUAAUAAAUCACAUAAAAAGUUUUCCAAAGAUUGAUAGUCAUUAUUGUAGAUCUACUACAAAACGUGAAUACCUAGAUUCAAGUUUAAACAUCAAAAUAAUGUACAGGUUGUAUUUACAAAGAUGUCAAGAUAAUGAAUUAAAGUUUGUUACAGAAUCAAUGUACAGAUAUAUUUUCAAUACAGAGUUUAACUUAGGAUUCCAUGUUCCAAGCAAAGAUCUCUGUGACACAUGCACAAAAUUUGACAUGAAAAAAGAAUCAGGAACUUUUGAUGCUUCAGAUGAAGCAGAGUUGAUUAACCACCUUCGAAGAAAAGAACAAGCAAGAACAGCAAAAUCAGUAGAUAAAUUUGUUGGUGAUACUAUUACAGCAGUGUUUGACUUGCAACAGGUUAUGGUAGCUCCAAAACUGUCUGUUGGGUCAGCCUAUUAUCUUAGAAAACUGAAUGUUUACAAUUUCACAGUACUUGAACUUCAAACUUUACAAGGCUUUUGCUAUACUUGGCAUGAAUGUGAAGGCAAACGUGGGACUAAUGAAAUUGCAUCUUGUUUACUGAAAUGGUUAAAAGCUAAGGAUAAUGAAGGUUAUCAUUCUGCAAUUCUAUACAGUGAUUCCUGUGGUGGUCAAAAUAGGAAUAGAAUUAUGUGCAGUGCAAUACUGCAGUUUUUAAGUCAGGCACAGAAUAUAGAAUUUGUUGAACAAAAAUUUUUUGAAUCUGGCCAUAGCCAAAAUGAGUGUGACAGUAUGCACUCUUGCAUUGAACGGGAAUAUAAAUCAUCCAAUGUUUUUCUACCUUCUGCCUAUCACGAGAGCAUGCGGAAGGCAAAUAAAAAACAGCCUUAUAUAGUAAUCGAAAUUACUCAUAAUGACAUUAUUGAUUACGAAAGGUUCAAUUCGAUGAUAUGUAAACAGAAUGCCUUUUCUGGAAUCAUGACUGUUCAUCAUAUUAUUUACAGUAUAUCUGACAAUGAACAAACUGUAUCAUUUGCACAUGAAAUAGGGGGCGAGAUGGUCAAGAAAUCUUAUCGUAAACAAGGGCAUCCUUGUGAUCUUGCUACAGUCAAAUUAACAAAAGCUUAUCAGUCAACUCAAGUCAUUGACAAACAAAAGAAAGCCGAUUUACUUAAAUUAUGUGACUUUAUACCUCGCGAUUGUCGUCAUUUUUACAAUGGCCUUUUAACAGAUUGUUGA